UGUGAAACGUGCGGACUUUUACUCGAUUCGGUUCAACACUAUAUAAUAUACUAUAUUCUAAAAUUAUACUCGUAUAUUAUUGUCAGUGCGAUAAAAUAAUAAUAAUAAAAAAAACACUUCUUAAAACAGUAAUAAUAAUAAUUAUAAACGUAUAUCGGUAUACUAGGUAUAAUAUUUUUGGGGAAAAUAAAUAUUCGUCGGUCGACGCGAUCAUAUAGCUCAAUAGCAAAAUAAAAAACUGUCCGAUAUCAUUUUGAUCCAGUUUGCACAUCAACAACAUCAACUACACGUAUCAUGUUUAUUUUCGGCAUGAAUCCAAAAACACGUAACAAUGGUUACCGGGUUAUCGCGUGCACUGUGGUUUUGGGGUAUCUCGUCUGCAGUCUGCCCGUCACUACGCAAACGCCCGUAAGAGGUAAUAACGAAAUUCAAUCAUAAUAUUUAAAACCUAAAGUCAAGUUUAUCGUUAUGUAAAACAAUUGUAAAAUACCGACUUUACGAGAUGUAUUAUAUUUUUGGUACCAGGGAGAAGGGCUGAAGUAAACUUUUGACAUUUUUAUAUUUUAUAAUUUUAUAUAAUGCAAUUUUGUCACCACGUUUCAGUUUUGUCUAAAUGGCGUGCAAUUUUAACACACGUUACACUCAUAUAAAAUAUCCUAAGUCGUUACGAAGUACUAUUUGUAAAAGAAAUACGUACAAUUUAUAUAAACAUUAAGCUAUUUAGAACACCUGAAUUUCAGUUAAGCUUUUUAGAAAUUUCGUAGUUUUUAAAAUUAUAUUUGUUCGUGUUGAAAACUAUACAAAAUUGACCUGAGUCCUGUCCUUCUUUGUGACCAAAGUUUUAUUUUUAAGGCAUUUUUUUUAAAAUAAAAUAUUCAGUCGCGUUAAAUUUUUAACUUUGUUCUACUCACAUCAAAUGACGAUUUUUUUUUAAAUCGAAACAGGUCGUAAUAAUAACAAUACCAAAUACAAUAAUAUUAUACCAGUCUUGCCUAACUUUUUCCUAAGUAUUUUUAAAUUUUUUGAAUUUUUUUACACGGUGUUUGUUUUUGAAUUACUUUACUUUUCAGUUUGAAAAGAGGAAUAUGAGAACACCUGCAUUAUACUCUAACUCUAAAAAACUUUAAUGGAAUAUAAUUUGAAAGAUCUAGUAUACUUUACCUAUAUAUCAUAAAAUGUAUAAUGUAAAUAUAAUUUAUAAUUAGUAUUGAACUUAUAUAAUUCAUGUUUAAAUAAUUUAUAAAUCUUUUUUCACAUUUAUUAUUAUCUUAAUAAUUAUAUGUUUUGGUCUUUAAAAAGAAACCUCCUCUUUUUGAAUAAAAGAACGAAUAGAAAAUAUUUUUCUAAAAAUGUUGAUAUUAUAUAUAUAUUGUUGUUUAUUAUAUAAUACAGAUAUAAUCGUUUAAAAUUUAGAUCGGAGGAGUAGGUAUGGGUUAUAAAUUGUUCAUCUAAAAAGAAUAUUGAACCUACUCGUCCGGUGUAAACUUUAAAAUGUGAAAACUUGCCUUAAAUAUUAUUUGAAUGUUGAUAUUCGAAAUUUGUAUUUUAUAAUAAUUUAUUUACUUCAAUUAUUAUGUUAUUAUGCUUUAAAAAGAGAAUAUUAUGAAAUAAUAAUAUGUUUAAAACCAAAUAUGUAUUAAAAGGAGAAUUAUUGUGAUUGCUAUAUGUAGCAAUUUUAAGCAUUUUUUUUUUUGCAUUAUGAAAGAAACGAGGAAUACCUUAAUUAGUAUUACUAUGAUGUACGCUUGUUCUAUUUUAUUCUAUCAACCAAAAAUUUUGCUCCAGUCAAAAAAUUGUGUUGCAUAUUUUAUUUAUUUGGUACAUUGAGGAAAUCAAUUUUUAUUUUCUAAUCUGUUUCCACAGAAUACUAAUAAUAAUCUUUUUCGACAUUUUCAAAUUAUUCUGUUGAACUUUUAGUUAUUUAUUUAUUUUUUUAUUUGAGUUUUUUUUUAUUUUUAGUUUUAUUUGGUUUUAUGUAGGUAAAAUAAACGUUUGUAAAUUGUCCUCGAGACUCACUUUAAGUUGUAAUUGAUAGCAAACAAAUAGUUGGCGCAUGUAGUCAUUUUUUUUAUAAGCAUUUUAAGUAAAAAAUUUUAAUGAAAAUCAUAAAACUUUCGUCAUUUUAAAAACUAUUUAACCGAAUUUCGCUCAGAAUAGUAUUUAGUUAAUAUUUAUUUAUCUUUGUGUGUGGAUACAAAGUGAAUAAUUUUAUGUAUCCUGCCAUCUUAGCAAUAACAGUGACACACUUAUCAGCAAUAUUAGCACAUUUUUUUUUUUAAAUGUUUUGUUUAAAACUUUAAUUUCAAUUUAAACUCCACAAUUUACGGAUCGAAGUAACUCAAUUUUACUAGGCUAUUGUUGGCUAAAUUAAGAUAAUAAAUGUGCGGGAGUUCUCUUAAGGACAUCACGUUUACGGUUUUAAAUAAUAUUAUAAUACUCUAGUAUAGCUAGGUAGCGGUUUAGGAAUGCGAUAAAAUUUCAUAAUCGUAGCGAUAAAGCACGAAAUUGGUGACACCAAAAACGACCUCUAAAGAUUCGUAUCGCGUCCAGUGUUUUAUUUUUGUGUACGAUGUAUAAAUAUAAUAAAAAAUUAGGAAUUACGUUUUCUCUCGCACGCGUGAAUAUAAUAUAUCGUACUAACUACGGAUUAUUAUUUACAAGUUCCUUAAAAAAUUAAAAACUCGUGAGAACUAAAUGUUUUUUUUUUCUAAGUAAUUAGAAUUUAUAAGUUUCAGACAAACGCCUGUUUAUAGACUCUAUGAGGUAAUUCAUGGAAAAUAUUAUAUAUUAUGUUUUCAACGAUAUUAUAAUGUAUUGCUCUACAGGGUUCCUUUUUUUUUUUUUUUUUUUUUGAAAAAUAUAGAUAUUUUUUAACGCAUCGCUAUUUUUAAUUAAUCGUAUAAUAAUACUGUACACUAAUAAAAAUAAUUGUUCGUUAUCUAUUUUAUAAAUUCGCAUAAUACUAUAUGAAUCCCACCAUACGAGAACUAUAGAAUUCUCAUAAUUUUGUCAUUGUAUUCAGACUACAUACCUGUAUUAUACUUGGCAAUAUUUCUUUUUUAUUAUCAUUAGAAUGUAUGACGUGUAACCUUUUUUAAAUUUACAAGCAUUUAUACUAGUGUUAUCCACUAUCUGCAUUAAAGAAAAAUUAAACAUUUUAAAGAAUAAAUAAAAUAAUAUUUAUUUUGUGGUUUUAUGAAAUUUGAAUCGUUAGUAAAGGUAAAAUGUAAAAUCGAAGCCAAAAAAAAUUUUACCCCCGUGAAACCAGAAGACAACUCAGCAAUUUUAAGUGGUAAUAAAUAGCUUCAAAAUCGCUAGACUGCUUCGAAAAUUAUACUACGUAUACAAAGUGCUUAUAUAAGUAUUUUGUAAAAAUGUCGUGUUUCUAUACGAUUAUUUUUAACUGAUCCACAAUAAAAUAAAAAAAAAUUGGAAAUUACCAAAACUUUUAUUGCAUACAUUUUAAAAAAACUACAAAGAAAAUAUAAAUUACUAUCUUUCCAAAUCUUCAAUGAAGAUCAACUAGAUAAAAUGUGUUACCACAAGCCAUCCCUAAAGUUGAUGAUCGGAGCAAAAUUUCUGGUAGAAAAUUUAUUAACAAACAGAAAAAAAUACACACAUAGAAAAACCAUCGUUACACUUUAUGUAUCUAAAAAAUAAAAAAAAAGUUAGGUUUUAUUAAAACAAUAUGUCCGUUUGUUUUUCCAAUAUAUUUUGAUAAAUUUACAAAAAAAUGAAAUACGCUCCGAAUCUAAAAAAAUUAUAUAUUUGUUUUAUAAUAUUAUUAUAAAUGUCUUCUUUUUUACUAAAGCCUUAGCCUUGUAGCGAAAAUCGACUUUCACUCUUUUCUUUUUAAUGCUAGAGUCUUCAUAUAUAAUGGCCAUAUGCCCGUUGCAUAUGGACAUUUAUAUCAUCUUUCCUGUAUGAAUGUUUUCUUCAGUAUUUCUCUUUCUUUUCAUUCAUUGAUCUUCUUUGCAUUAUUUCGAUUAGGAAAGGGUUUCGCCAAAACGUUUAUGAUGACCAAAGGAUAAUAGAAGAAAUUUGUUAAAAAAAAUUAAAAUAAUAAUAGUAAUAACGUGACAAAAUAAUUUAAUUUUAGAACGUCACAAUUUUUAUAGCAAGACCUACCUACGAUAUAUAUAUAUAUAAUACAACGGCAAUAAUUCGUAUAUAUAAAAACUGUUGAAAAUAACUAAAAUCAUGUAUAGAAGGUACACUAAGUAUUAGUAGAAUAUUAUAAUUAACGAGCGUUCGCACAUUUCGGGUAUUUGUUUUAAUCUAACGUAACCAUGACCUAACCUAACUUGCAGAAUGUUAUAAUAAAAAAUAAAAUGCAUUUACUCUUUUUUUUUUUCAUUCAAGAUCAUAAAACGUUUAUUGAUAUUAUACAUACGAUAAGAUAUAAUUUUGUUAAUAGCUUAUAUUAUUAAUAAAUUGCGUACAAGUACAUAUAGAUAUCAUUAUUAUAGAGAUUGCACCUAAGUACAUAUACUAUUAUGUAUUUUACUGACCUAAGCUAAUCUAAUAUAAUCGAAUCUAGAUUCGUAUGCAAUUACAUACAUUUAAUAUGUUUUAAAUAGGUUGUUCAAUAAUGACGUGCUAAAGAAAAAGUCAAUAUACGUUUUAUAUUUUCUAUCAGGAUAUUAGUUUAGUGAAUCCACUGGGUGUCCACAAUCCCUUUCUUUAAAAAAAAAAGCUCAAAAGCAUACAAACCAUAAAUAUUUCCCUGAAUUAACGGACAUUACCCAGUAACUUCUUCGCUUAUUAGUGAAGGGAUUUUUUCUAUAAAAUAUAAUAUUUUGUUACACGAUCUACGAAUUCAAUCAUUUGCCAUUUAUUUUAUAGUCGACGUACAGUAAGCAAAAUAUUUUACUCUAUUGUAGAGUGUCUAAUGGUCUAAACAAAGCCAAUAUUUGUAUAGAAAAAUAAAUAAAUUUAUAAAAGGUAAAAUAUACGAGUAGGUAAAUAUUACCCAUAUUAGUUAUAACACAUAAACAUUAAAAUGUCUUAUUAUCUAUUUUUAUGAUUAUAUUAUGCAAUCCUUCUUCUGUGGAAUUUACUUACGGUUUUUUUAAAAACUUUUUUGGUAAAAUACACACGAUAAUAGUACCUAUAUAGUAUUAUAAUACGUUUUUAAUAUUGUAUUAUAAAAUACACAGAUAUAGUAUAUUAAAACAUUAUCGUAAAGUUUGUAAUUUUUUUUAUCAAGAUUAUUAUUAGACCGUUCCCGUCAUCAUGUUGGCUGUUUUCACGUAUGGCCGGUUAAAAUUCAUUCGCAUUUGAGUUUAGGGAUACGAUAAAAAAAAAAAAAAACCGUUCAAAUACUCUGUACAAAUUACAGACCAAUUAUUAUUAGUUUGUUGCAUUCGCUUUUGUAUACCUACCAUCUCGUGAGGAUAUUAUUAAAUAUGAUAUGAUAAUUUUUGUACUAUACGUUUUUUUUUUUAUUUUUAUCAAAAUAUUUUAAAUUAAUGGUACUAAUCUAUAUAACAUAAUAGGUACGUGGUGUGGUGAACCCGUGCAAUCCGUCCCUUAUAUAAAUAUGACAGCCACAAUAUAGGCUGGGUGUUAACAUUAUGGGUCAAAAAGUCAAAUUAAUUUUAACUUUGCCUUUAACUUUUGAUUUGUUUUUGACUUAAUUUAGUUUUUACAUUAACUUAUGAUAAACAACAAGUUUAUUCUAAAAUUUACAUAGCGUUCAUUAAUGUUAAUUUUUUUUAAUUAGAACACGAAAUCAAAUUUACAAUCUAUACAUUAUACUACGAUAUCACUAGGUAUCGUCUUAUACAUAAUAUAUUAUAUAUAUUUUUCACUCUAUAUAGUAUGUGUUCCGAGUUAAAAAUAAGUAAAAUUUGAUACACCCGGAAUGAAGUGCGUUUUAAUAUUUUCCAGUUGGGGGCAUGUCCCUGUUUUACUCCUCUCCCCGUAGGUCCCAUGGGAGGCAUGUUGGUAUCCUUGCCUUGGUCGUCGUGGAUAUACAGGCAUGCUUAAAUUUGUGAAAAAAAAUGUUAAGUAUUUUUUAAUUUUCCACAAGAAGGCAUCAGAGAAUUUCUAACCAAUUUUUUUUUAAAAUUAUUAAAUUAUCAAAUCAAAAUAAUUAAUUAGUGUUACUUUUUAAGCGUGUCAUAAAAAAUACGCUGUGUUUCUUCUAGCACUAGGCGUCAAAUAUCCUAGAUCAGAACUGUUCAAACGAACAAAUAAUAAACAAUAUUAUUGGUCACAGUUCUAACAGCUCGGAAAUUUAUUAUUAUUAUCAUUCAAAAAAAAUAUUUCUUAUUUCUGCGUAUAUUAUGAAUGUGAAAUAAUAAUAAACCAAUAUAAAUCGAAGUACCGAAAUAGCAUAAGCUCCCAACGAGUUGAACAACUCGUAUUCUUUAUAAUAUACAUGUACACUGUUGUUUAAUUUAACCACUUAUAUGAUUUAACAGCCUUCCAGCAUUUUUUUUUUCAUUACAUCGAUUGGACUAAAAUUCAAUGCGGAUCAUUUUCAUAGUAAAAACCGCAUUCUAAUUUUGCAACCAUUUGUGAGAUAAAACGCUCACGGACGGACUGAUUAUAAAGUAGUAUACGUCACUUAAUAAUCUUUUAGGUUCUCGCCGACGCGUCGUCUUCAAAAUAUAACCGAAAUAGUUUUAUAAAAUCUGGUACUUAAAUGGCUACAUAUUAUUAUUAAUAAUUAUAAUAUCAUAUACGAUUCGAUUGAAUUCAUACCGCCUAAUACGCGCAUGAUGUGCACGCGCGCUCCAAUUGCGUGUGGCACAGUUUUAUUGUGGUCGGACAAUUUUGCCGAAUACAAACGGAAAUCGUUGUGAUAAAACACAACGCGGUAAUAUCAUGCCAUUCGAUUUGAUUGGUAAAUUGUUAUAUUAUUGGUCAUCGAAUAUACAGAGUGAAAUAUCUAUCAUAAGACACUCGUUAUGUCGGAACUUUUUCCGAAAUUUGUUCUCUAGAAUAUUUAUGAAAUAAGCUGCUCUAUAAUUUUAUAUUUAUGUUAUUUUUUGUCACCCUUUUGUUGGAGGGGGGGGGGGGUAAAGCUACUUCCUACUUUUGAUUUUCAAAUGGCAACCUAUACUGAAAAUUCAAUAAAUAGACGAAGUAUUAGUUAAAAUAAGCUUUGGUGUUGAAAUUUUUAAUUUCCAUCAAUUCGUUGACGAGAUAUCCCACUUUUAAGUUUGGGUCGGGGGAAAAUAAUGGUGCAUUAUUAACACGCUGUUCGCUGCACCACCAUACAAAUAAUACCUCAUUACUUUCCUCUAACCCAAACUUAAAAGUGGAAUGUCUCGUCAAAGGGCUAAUAGAAAUCAAAAAUGUCAACACUAAAAUUUCUUUUAAAUAAUACUCCUUCUAUUUAUGGAAUUUUAAUAUAGGUUGCCAUUUGAAAAUCAAUAGUAGGUUUUACCCCUAAAAAUAAGGGUAACAAAAGAUAACAUAAAUAUACGAUUGCAGAGCAGCUUGUUCCUUAGAUGUUCUAGAAAAUAAAUUCCGGAAAAAGUUAAUACUUUCUGAGAUAAUGAGUGUCUUAUGAUAGAUUGAUCACUCAGUAUUACUACGAGUACCUAUUUUUGCAAUCAUAUAUAAUAUUAUUACAUUAAAGAGGACACGUGAUACUUCCUAUAUUAAUGGCCUAUAUUAAAGGGAUCGUGUAUACAAGCAGUUUUUUGAAAUUUUGGAAAAAUACAAUUUUAUCAACUCAAAAUGAAUCUUAAAGCUCUGGGGGUAAAAAAAUGAAAACAAAAUUGUUCAAGAUCUAGAAAGAUGGAGUGAUUAAGUAAUUGUGGUAAAAAUUCGAAUAGAGUUAAGCAUGCUAAUGAAGAAGAAUAACAAUAUUUAUUACACUCGUAUAUGACUUUAAAAUUAAAAUAUCGAAAAACCGACGUAGUUACAAUCACAAAUGGUCUAACAUUCAAAUGAGAUAAUAGGUCAAUUUACUCUUGUUUUAAAAAUAAAAAUCGCCAAUUUUUCUCAACUAUUAUUUAUAUAGAGGUAGACUGAUGAAGACGUCGAUUUUUGUUCAAAACAAAAUCCAUAAAUACUUACAAAAUAAAUCGAAUAUAUUGGACCCAAUAGUUUAUUGCCAUAUACUGUUGCCACGGAUUAUUGUUUGUUGUAGAGAAAAUAUUAGAAUACAUAAUAUUAUAAUUCCCGUUACUCCAGUGUAUUUGAAUUUCGGUUAUUAUUAUAGUAUUAAGUCGAUAAUCCGUUAGUCAAAUAGAAGAUUAGGUAAUAUAUUAUUUCGCGAGUAUCAACGCUUAUAGGUAUCCGACAGAAUUAUUUUACUGAAAAUUAAAACUAAACACUAUAAUAUGUAUAUAGGUCACUGUUUGAAAUCGGUAACCCGCGUUAUUUAAAUCGAACCCGAUCGUUAAUAAUAGUUUACUAGGUACCGAAAUUUCACCACGAAACCUUAUUUUUGAGAUUCGAAACCUAUACCAGCAUAGUGUAAAGUAUCCUGGAUAGGACUUUUGGAGGUACUGACUUUUAAUACUCAAAUCAUUUUCAUGCUCAAAAAUCAAAUAAUGUCAAAAUUGAAACUCUGGAAAGUAUAACUAUUUUAGAUCAAUUGAGGGACCAAAAACAAAAAAAAACUCUGUUGCUCACGGAUUAUUUUUUGUUUAAUAAUAAAUUUAUUACAUUUAUGAGCACUUUUAACUGUUUUACUUUCGAAAAAAUUUCCGGGGUGGUAGCGUGUGGGGUGAUUCUCCCAGUAUGAUCUUGUACUACAGAUUUCCGUAAACUGUGGAAUUGGAAAUUAAAUGAUAAAAAAUGAAUAUGUUUGUUCACAUAAAAGUUUCGAUCCUCAAAAAAAAAAAAAAAAUUUCAAGACGAAAUAGACCACUUGUUAAUUUUAUAGUUAGUGAUUUUUAAUUUAUAAUAUUAUUAUUAUGACGUCAAUUCGUAGUAUAUAAUAUUGUUAUAUAAUUCGCAGUUGCAGCCGCAGUAUAAAUAAGUUGGUCGCGUGUAACGUUUGUCGUAGGUAAUAAAAUUGGUCACGUGUAAAAUGUAUUCGGCAGCGUUUAAAAAGAAUUUUAGUGGAUAUUAUAUAUAUGCGUAUUAUUAAACGCCUGUAGUCGAUAGUGUUUGUUCGUGUCACAAAUUAAUGCAAAUAAAAGAUAAGACAAAAGUGGUCAAAUAUAAUACUCAAACAUUAGCAUAAAUUACUAAUUAUCAAUGCUGGGUAUUGGCGAAUUACAAAGUUGUGAAAUCUAUAAGUUAAACAUUAAAAUACUUGAAUUCAAACAUUUGAUUAAUUUCCUAUAUCUGACCAUUUCUAAAUACUCAAGAGAAGUCAUUGCGACGGAGGAAAAAAACAAAUUGCUGAUACUGGGGACGGAUGUACCACUGUUGUAAAUUUGAAGUUAGAAAGGUAGGACACCUAUAUAAAGUUAUAAUUAAGAUUAUAUAUACGAUAAACCAAUGCUAAUAAAAGACAAUUUGGAGCAAGUUCGGUUACACAUGUUUUGAAAAGCUGUAAUAUUUACGAUUUUCGUCAAAUAAUAAUAAUAACUUUCGAUAUUAACUCUUAUAAAAAUAGAAAAAAAAAUAUUAAAUUGCAUUAUUUUUGUUUUUUUUUUUAUUUGAAAUAAUUAUCCUAUUAAAUGUUUGUUUGGUUUGGUUUUUGCUUUGUCAAAUAAUUUUAUCCAUAGAGUACCUAAUGAAUAAAAAUUGCAUUAAUUAAAAAGUCUAUUAAUAGCUCAAAUAUUAAAAAAAAAAAUAAAAUUUUCAGAAAAGUUAAACAUAAGUUCUUUGUUAAAAUUUCAAGUCUUUACGAAUAUUUUUUAUUGAAUUACGACAAAAAAAAAACAAAAUUUAAAAUAAUAGAACUAUUAUUUGAGUAAACUACCUCGUUUUUUUUCUUUCUACGUUUAAUAUCAGUUUUGCACAAUUAUUAAAAAAAAAACUACUUGGAAAAUCAGAAGACAAGUUGCUUACUCAUCAACUAUGUUAAAAAUGCAAAAAAAGAUAUCUUUUGUUGUUUUUCUAUUGGAAUAAUAUUUCUGUUAGAAAACAUAAACCGUAUACAUUUAAAAUAAAGAAAUCAUACGCUCCGAAUCUGAAAAAUCACAUAAGGAGUUGGACACACUGGAUGCUUAUAAUGGUGGCGUGUAAAUUAGUUAUCUUAUUUUAUCAAUAUUAUAUGGGGAUCUAAAUGGUCAUUCGCCCCUCCGCGCAUAAGAUUGAUGUGCAUAGUUCUCUGAACAAAAAUUUAAAAUUUCAUAUUGUUUUUCUUAAGUCAAAUUGGACAUCGUUACUGUACGCGUGAACAAUUAUUAUUGACUUUGAAAGGUCAAAGUUAUUUUCUUGAUACAAUAUCAAAUGUAUAUAGUUAUUCGCGUAAUGCGUUUUGUCACGCAUCAUUUCAAUAUAAAUAAUACUCGUAGUAUAUUUUAUUUGUUAUCGUUUUUCUAUAAAAAUAUUAACGACCGCCGUAUUAUUAAACUGAUUGAAUAUAAUAUGCUACGUAUUAGUGUACAACAAUCUUUUAUUGUCUGGUCUAUAUAAUAUCCGGCCAUCUUGCUAUCGCAAUAUAAUAAACCAGUCGAUUUAUUUGUAGGUUUUCUCGGUUUUUAUAUUUUCAUCAAAUUAGAACCGUAAGCACGUCGUAUACCUACACUGUAUAGGAGUUUAAUACAAAUUAAUCGGUUUCCCAUUCCCCGCGAUCGAUUUCGCAAAGCUCAAAACAACGAACAAAUGUAAUAUUAUAUAUAUAUACACACACACACACACACACACACAUACAUGCACAUAAUAUAUUAUCAACAAACUCGUGCGUGUUCUGUAGGUACAAUAAGUAUCUUGCAAUCCAUUAUUGCAAUUAAUUGAUUAUCCUCUCGCUUAGAAGUCGUACAGUGUACACCCGAUAUAGAAAUACUUAUACCGGAGCACCGAUAAAAUUGCAUGUGUGGGUCUCGUAACACGUUUACAGGCUAUAUACAGUUUAAUAUAAUUCAGUUUCAUUUCGAAUGGUUAUAGUGAUCAGUCGAAACGAAAACUUUGAACACAUCAGAUUAUGCGCAAUAAUAAUAAUAAUAUUAAUAAUAAUUACGAUAUAUAUAUAUUAAUCCUUUAUGUUCAGUCAGUGAUUACACACGCUUAGUUUUUAUUUAAUAUAUAGUUGAGAUUAUGAGUGAACAAGAAAUCUACACGACUUACACACACUGAAUAUCGGAUAAAAAUAAAAUAUUCCAAAAGAUGGGCCGGCGAAAUGUUUGCCGAACGAUUUUUAUGUUAUUUUUUUCUUAAAAAUGAUAUAGAAAAACUGGAAAAAAUUGUUUAUAAUGCAUAUUCUUUUUGUUUUAUGAUGCAAAUUUGGUUGCUUAACUAUGUCUGAAUAAUUUUUGCCAAAAAGAAAUGGUUAUUCGUAAAGGUUUUUGCAAAUGCAAUUGAAUGCCUUUUAGUUAAUAGAAUUUAAUUUCUCCACAAAUUUCCUACGUCUUUGAUCUUAAAUAAAACUACAACACUAUAAGAAAAAGUUACCUCGCCAAUGCACUAACUAGAUAAAAUUUGAUUUUAAACAAGACAGAAAACAUUAAAAAAAAAAAAAAAAACAUAUUGUACUACUAAAACGCGAUAUAUUAAUGUUGGUAUACUGUAUAGGUAUAGGUAUUUACACACCGAUGCGUUUAUAUCUACGAUAAUAUAAUACGACAGAGUUAGGAAAACUUUUUCCGGUACGCCUAAAUAUAGUUGAAAUAAUAAUAAUACAAUACAAUACUUACACAUCCGUUCGGCUGUUGUAAUUCAAUUUCCGGUAUAAACGCGCCACGAACUUUUGUAAUUGAUUCGUUUGGACCGCGAAACGAAACUUUAGCGGAGGCGCUAUAUAGUGAUGGUGUAGAUAACAAAAAAUAUAAAAUAAAUAAAAACGCAGAAAAAAAAAAACGAUUAUUAUUUUACCAUUGCGAUAUCAUAGUAUAACGAAAAAUUGUUAGUGGAAGUGGUGGGGGGGAGGGAUACAAUAAUAACAAAGAAAAUCACAUCCCGACCGAUUGAGACCGAGCGCUCGCAAUAGCUGAUGAUAUAAUAAUAUUAUUAUAAAAACCAUAAAUGUGCGCCCGCGAUACAUCCCGUCGGAAUUCCGGCCCCGAAGCUCUCUCGCGAUUUAUUCGAAUCAUUCGUUUAUAUUAUACAAAUGCAUUAUAUUUUUCGUUCGCCAUCGAAGGCCAUGAUCGCUUAUAGCGAAUUUCCUAUGUAUCAACUUAACCUACACUCUAUACAGAGUGGUUUUAGAUUCGGAGCGUAGCGUGCGAUCUAUUGAUUUUACUAUGAUGGUUUUUUUUUUUUUUUAUAUAUAUAUUGUGUCUGUUAGCAACUUAUAUCUAGAUUGUGAGUAAGAAAUUCGUUUUUUGAUUUCCCUUGUAGAUUUUUUUUUUUUUUUAAAUAAUUGAGCAAAACCGAAAAAAACGUAGAAAAACCGGGACAAAUUUACGAAAAGUAUGCUUUAUUAUUUUAAAUAUUGAUUUUUGUUGUAAUUAAGUUAAAAAUAUUCGUUAAGAAUUGAAAUUUUGACAAAACACUUAUAUUUGGUUUUUUAGGUGUGUUAAAACUUUAACAAUAUUUGAGCCAUUUUUAAGCUAUUCAUAGACAUUUUAACUUUGCUAGAUUUUAGGUAAUUUUUAUUUUGCACGUACUCUGUAGAUAUAUUGUUGGAUUAAACAGAAAUGCUUGAAAAUUUAAUAGGAAGUUAUAUAUCAUAAGUCUCAUUUAAUGGUCAAAUAAAAAAAUUGAUUGUAAUGUAUGGUUUUUUUUAUAAAAGUUUUAUUAUAAAAUGUUGACGAAAAUCUAUAUUAUGGCCUUUGAAAACAUGUUUAACCGAACUUCGCUCACUUUUUCAUUAGCAAUAGAUUACCGUUACUAACGGAUAUAUAUUGUAUAACUUUAUGUAUCCUACCUUCUCAACUUCCCACUUACAAUAGAGGCACACACGUCCCCAAUAUCAGUACAUUUAGACUUCUAUACAUAAGUUUACCCCGUCAUAUCCGUCCGUCCAUGCAGUUACUUAUAGGUACAUAGUUACGUAUUCGUAACAUUAUUAUUAUUAUCAAUUUUAAAUAUUAGUAAGAUCAUCAUUACCAUUAUACAUAUUAUACUGUUGUCAUUAAGUAUUUGAGGAAAACAACACACAAAAUUUGUUACCAAAUUAUCAGUACUUAAAGAAUAUUAAACAUUUUCUGUCAACUGUUUACAAAUUAAGACUUUUAAUUUGUUUAGGUUUCCACGCAUAAGCAUGAUACCAAAACAUAAAUUCGUUAUAAAAUUAGUUUUUUUUUUUUUUAAAUUUAAAUCAUUCAAUUAUUCAAAAAUCAAUUCAAUGAACUCAAUCAAAUUAAUGUUUUAUUCGUUGACUUUCAUAACCUUCCCUUAUACAUAAUAACUAGCUGACCCAGGCACCCGGCAAUGGUUUGUUAGAUAAUAGUGUAAAUAAUAAUAUUAGUUUUCUUGCCCAUGACCGUCAAAUUGUCAUCCAUGUCGUCACUAAGAUAACCUACGAAUAAACAAAAAUAAAUAAAAAAAAACAAUUAGAUAUUCGUACCAAAAACACCUAAAACCUCAAUUUUACCCCCUUAGGGAAUGAGUUUUUAAAAAUCGUUUCCUAUCCUACGUUAUAAUAGCUAUUUGUAUGCCAAAUUUCAGCCCAAUCUGUCCAGUGGUUUGAACUAGGCGAUGAUGAAUCAGUCAGUCAGGACAAGUUAUUUUAUAUAUUACAUUCAAAAAUAUGAACGAUACGAUUUUCUAUAGAUUUAAAAGAAUAUAAUAAGAGGAAACGCUAACAUUAUACUUUACGUGUGUGUGACCAAUUAACCGCAAUUUCAAUGAGAAUAUUAUUACGUUGACCGAACAGUUUUUGAUAUUUAGGAGGUUAUUUUAUAAUAUAGUACAUAAUAACCUCCUGACUACCAAAAUUAAAUAUAAUAUAUACCCAUGUCAGGGAGUUAUCGACCUUUUGCCCAUAACGAUUAUUUUAUAUACUGUAAUAUGAGGUGCGUUUCUAGCCCAUUAACCAUAUGUGUAUAGAUCGCGACCAAAUUUAUUAGAUUUUGAUAACGCUUAUUAACGCAAUUCAACAUAUAAUAAUACGAAUAUUUGUAAUAUUCUACACGGGGGAGUUGAUGUAUAUAAUUUUUUUUUAAUAAACGCUGCCUAGUAAUAUUGCACAGUUAUACAUAUAGGAAAAGUAGAAAAAAUUUUAUUUUUCUUUUCAUUUUAAAAUUGAAUUUUUCACUGGAGUAACGUGCACAUUUAUUUCCCGAUACGAUUAUUUAUAAAACUUAAUUUCUAUAUAUUAAAGACACACACGAAUUACAAGCAGGUGGAUUAACAUUUAAGUCACAACAUUUGGCUAUAGGCAUAUAAUAUAUUUUGUUUUCUCUGUCCGUUUGGAGCCUAAUAUAGUAAUCAAGACACUUCUACAGUUGUGAUUUUAUGGUUGAGUUUUGGGCAAAGGGGCUUAUUAUACAUUUCAUUAAAAAAAUGGUAUUUACUAAGAAUUUUUCAAAAAUUUAUUUUUGUACUUUCAUUUCUUAAUAAUUUAAUAAUAAUUAAAAUAGAGUUAAAUUAAAAAAAGCAUAACAUCUUGAUGAAAAAAUUAUCAUUUAAAGAAUCUAUUAGAAAACAUAUUCUUUAUGAAUAAAAACAAGUUUCUUUGCCCUAAAUUCAACCAGAUAGUCGCAAUCGUGGAAGUGCGGAAUAUCUUUGCUGCUAUAUUAUCUACUCACGAGACAGAAAAAGCAAAUGUCUCGUUGCUCCAUAUUUGUUUAUAAUAUUAUUUUACGUUUACAUUCACUUUUAUAAUAUUAUUUGUAUAAACGCUAUGACGUAUAAUGUUUAGUGAAUUAUAAUAUUGAUUUUUUUAUUGUUUGGUUAGUCUUCACAACCAAUUGUAUGAAAUUAAAUUAUAGAUGCUACACAGUCAAUGAUGCAGAUUACCUGAAUGCAAAUUUUAGAUAUAUUUAAAAAAAAUAACGGACAUACUUCAUAGUUCACACGAUGGGUCAUUGUUGUAUAUGAGUAGUUAAGAAAGUAGACGGAAAAUUAAAUAUUUAUCUGUACGCAAAAAUUAAUCAUUGCUAACGAAAAACGAUUCUGAGCGGAAUUCAGUUAUAUGUGCUUUGAAAAAAUUACGUUUUAAAAAUAAUACAUAUCGUAAAUUAUCUCGUUUUUCCUUCGUUUUUUUCCAUUUCUUAUGAAAAUCCCUUGGAAAAUCAAAUAAUCGUAUCCUUAAAAUACCAUUCUAGUUAAAUUUUCUUUCAGAAAAGAUGCUUGAUGGUAAAAAAGUUGUUCACAGAAAAAAAAAUAAAAAUCAUCAUUGUAAAACCAAUUCACUCCUCGCUCCGCUCAGAAUCUAAUAAAAACGACAUUAUUUAUAAAAAAAUUAUUACAACGUAUGUAUAAAUAUUAUACAUUUAAUGCAAUUGAGAAGCGGCUAACUCUUUCAAAUCGUAUAUUAAUUAUUUAUAUCAUUCGUGCAACUAAGGGAGGUUUUGGUGUACUUACCCACCCAAUUUUGUAAGUAGCUCAUCCAGGUUUUUUUAAUAUUUGUAAAUCGUAUGCAGUUUAUGAAAACUAAUGAUAAACGGGUUGAAUGUGAGUAAUAAUUAUACUAUUUUGGAGGAAAAAUCAUUGUGAUCAUUCUAAAUAUAAAGUUUACUUUAUUUAGUUACCAUUUAAUCAUUAUUCAAUAACAAAUUAGUUAUAAUUUAAUAAUGAUAUAAUAUUAUUAAAUGAUUAAUAAAAUAGUUUACUCUGUAAAGUAUGUUUUCGGGCGAAAAACAGGUUUCACGCAAUUCCCUUAAUCUCUUUUCUUCCUACUGUAUCAUUGCCCACACUCCACAUGCAUAUUACAGUGCAGCACCUAUAUAUAUAUAUAUAUAUAUACAUUUUUUUUUUGUGUCUUAUAAUUUAAAAACGGAAAAAAUGAACUGUAGCCGUAGUCUGAACCGAAAUGUUAUUUUAUUGUUAACAAUUUUAAAUUUGCAGGUGUAUGUUUUUUGCCGCCGGAUGAGGGCAAUUGCUUAAACCGUCUGAGUAUGCGAGUGAAAUUCUACUUUAACUACGAGUUAGACGAGUGCUCCGAAUUCAUAUUUUUCGGCUGUGGCGGCAAUGAGAAUCGUUUCGACACGUUUGAUGAAUGCGAAAACGUGUGUUUAUACAAUUACUACAAUUGACGAACAUGGAAUCGUUCACGCGGUUGCCGCAAGAUCGUCAAAACGGGUAACCAUCACCGGAUGUAUAAUGGGUACAAAAUAUAAGUGGAUGUAUUUUUUUUUUUUUUUUUGUAUCGCGUUUUGACAAGAUUAUAUAAAACAAUCGAUAAUAUAUUAUAUCAUGUACUUUUUAUAUUUGUUUCCUAAAUGUUUAACGAUAAUAUUAUGUCUAAAAUGUGAUAAUUCGGUAGAAAGUUCUCGUAUAUAAUUAGGUAUUUGUAUUUUUACACUAAAAUAUUGAUCUCCGUAAGAAUUUUUUUUUUUUUGCGGGCUUGUGUCCGUUUAUGAUAUGAUGGUUGCCUGCCAUUAAUCUUGUCC